UCCCAACGACAAAAGAAAAAACAGAACAUAACCGAUAAGAAGAUCCGGCGAUGUCAGGUCCGUCCCGAAAGAAUAUGGAGCGGAUCAAAGGCCCAUGGAGCCCAGAAGAAGACGAUCUAUUACAGAAGGUGGUGGAGGAACACGGCCCGAGAAACUGGUCUCUGAUCAGCAAAUCUAUCCCCGCACGCUCCGGCAAAUCUUGCCGUCUCCGGUGGUGUAACCAGCUAUCUCCGGAGGUCGAGCACCGUGGUUUUUCGGCGGAGGAAGACGAGACGAUUGUACGAGCGCACGCUCGGUACGGUAACAAGUGGGCGACGAUCUCUCGUCUCCUCAGUGGAAGAACCGAUAACGCCGUCAAGAAUCAUUGGAACUCGACGCUAAAGCGAAAAUGCACACCUGAAGGGUAUGAUGGUAAUUUAGGAGAAGGGCAGCCGUCGAAGCGCGCGGCGAGCGGUGGUGUGUGUACCGGGUUGUAUAUUAGCCCCGGGAGUCCGGCGGGAUCUGACGUCAGCGCAUCGGACGGUGGAGAUCCUCCGACGUAUCUAAGCUUGUCUCUUCCUUGGAAUAACGGUUGCGAUACGGAGACGGUUGGGAUCAACGGGGAUACGGUUAUCGACGGUGGUUACACGGCGGAGCUAUUCCCGGUGAGAAAGGAGGAGGAGAGAGGGAUAGUCGGUGGUGAGUUCAUGACGGCGGUGCAGGAGAUGAUUAGGACGGAGGUGAGGAGUUACAUGGCGGAGUUACAGCGAGGGGACGUCGGUGGUGGUUUGUGUAUGCCUCAAAGUGUAAACAGCUGUCGUGUCGGGUUGAGAGAGUUUAUAGUGAACCAAAUCGGGAAGAUGGAGUAGUUACAAUUAGUGGGAGAGAACCAGAAGAAAAAGAGUUAAAACUUUUCACUCUGUUUCAAGCUUUUCAUGUAUAGAGCCAAAGCUUAACAAUGGUUAGAGAGACGGAGUAAGUCGCAAAUCAAAUGAUCAUUCGUGAUUCAAAUUAAAAAGUCAAAACGUUCCUUUAACUAAAUAAUGUGAAGAACAAAACUAUAUCAACGACCCAGAGAAACAAAACGUUACUAUA